UUAUUCAAUUAAAUUCUCAAUUCUACAUUAUUCUCUUUAUUAGCGAUAAUAGUCUCCUUAUCACGCCAAUUAUCACGUAAUUGUCAGUAUGAGAAAUUUCGCUAUAUUUUGUUCCCACUUCUUGGAGCGAACUUUGAAUGAAGAAUCUUGGGAAAUCCCAACCAUUUGUUUUGUAUAGAGAUGAUCUAGGUGAGAGUGUCUCGUGUUUUGCACCUAAGUCGUCCGUCAUGGCCCAUCAUUGAUAAAAAAAAAAGUAAAUGAGGUGCGAACCAGAACGACUGGUCACGUUGAAAACACAUCGUAAAUUAUGCAGUGAUCUUGCGAUCAAUAAGCCCAUACUUUCUUAUUAUCGAAAGGUCUUACGAGGGGGUAGAUUAAUUGAAAAAAAUGAUUAGAAGACUUUGUAGAUAAGAGUUUCGUAUAAAUAGCAAGGAUGGAUUUUUUGAAAUGGUUGAUAGUGCUCAAAGAUGAAGGUGCUUGUAUUUCUUUUGGCCGUUAGUGCUGUGUGUGCCUUCCCACAGGAUCUUAUGCCUCUGGGAUUGCCCCUUGAGGAAGGUCCUGGAGAGGAAUUCAUGCCAGUGAUUGAUAACAAGGAAUGGGCUUUGGUACCUGAUUCCGAGGGAAAAUUCCACAUUGUCAACGUACAGGAGGCACUCAACGAGGAACCAGAUACCUUCUACAAUCCUGAGACUGAUAUUACGUACCUCCUGUUCACAGCAAGUAAUCCCACAAAUGGACAAACUGUGAUUAGAAAUAAUGCUGCAUCUCUGGCUGCAUCCAACUUCAAUCCAAGCCAUCCUACGAGGAUCCUUAUUCAUGGAUGGAACGGAAAUGCUAAUGCUGGAUCCAAUACAAUCGUCCGUAAUGCUUAUAUGCAACGUGGAAACUUCAACGUUUUCGUUGUAGAUUGGGGUGCAGGCGCUAAUUCGAAUUAUGUAACAUCCAGGAAUCGCGUAGGCCCAACAGGAACGGUUGUUGGUAACUUCAUUCACUUCCUCGUGAAUUCUGGUGGUGCCAAUAGGGCACAUAUAUCUGUUAUUGGACACAGCUUGGGUGCUCAUGUUGCUGGAUUUGCUGGCAAAAAUCAUCCACCUCCAAAUCAGAUUGCUAGCGUUGUUGGUCUUGAUCCCGCAUGGCCACUCUUUGAUGCUAACAAUGCUGCCACUCGUAUGGCUAAUACUGAUGCUGCUUUUGUGGAAUCAGUUCAUACUAAUGCAGGACUUUUGGGUUUCACUGUCCCAAUUGGAGAUGCCACCUACUACCCCAACUGGGGAAGCUCUCAACCAGGAUGCGGAAUUGAUGUAUCUGGAGCCUGUGCUCAUGGACGUUCUAACCAAUUCUUUGCUGAAUCUAUCAACAAUAACACACAUUUCUAUGCUGUUCGCUGCCCUGGUGGUUAUGAUCAGAUUCUCAAUCAGUCCUGUCCCCAAACCGGUGCAUCCAGAAGGAAGAGUGGAGAACCCCUUGAUACCACUGUUCAUGGUGUCUUCUGGUUGCCCACAAACAGCGCUUCUCCCUUCGCCAUGGGGCGCAUUUAGAAUGAUACUCAAUAAAUUAUUAUUGAAUAUUCUUUACUUG